UCAGGAAAAUUGGGGAAAUUUCUUCAAAUCUAAAACAUAUAAUCAGUCUUCUUGGUGUUGUUGGUCGUUAUCUAGAAAUUAUCAUAUUUGAAAUGGCUAUCCUUGGGUUCGGUGCCAAGGGGAAUAAAAAUACAUUGGAAACAAAGUUUUAUCACGAAGGAUAUCGUUAUUUUUUGGAAAAUUGUCAAUAUGAUCAUAAUUAUUGCACAAUUCUUCUUAGAAGAGUGAAAGAUAAGAUAAAUAGAACUUAUUCACGUUACUACAAUGCAUACACAUCACAAGAGAAUAUUGAAAUUAUCCCUCAGUUACUUGCAUAUACUUUAUUUGUGUGGGAAGUUACUCGAACAACUACAUUAGGAAAAAGAAAGAUUCAGGAUUUGGAAAUAGAUGAGUUGAUUUUCCUGAAUAAAGAUAAGCUUGUACUCCCAUUUGUUACUUUACAGCAAGUUUAUCAUUAUUUUGAUCACAACAAGUUGCCAGCUAUUAAACUUCUCCAGUUUGUAGAAAAUACACUUUCAUCAGAUGAAAACGAGGCACUAACAUUAUCAACAAUGGUUUUUCGUCUGUGGGGAAUAUAUUAUAAAUCUAUCAGUGAUAAAAAAAUUAUUGAGGGUCAAAGAGGAAAUUGUUGGCUUUCUGAUCUGGUUCCAUUGCGAAAAGGACAGUCAGAUAAAUUUAUUGAAUUUGAACCCAAAUUUGUUGUGCAUUCAACUCCUUAUAGAGUUGAUAAAGACUAUUGGAUUCAAUUUUUUAAUAAUUAUUUAAAAGAAUUGAAUAAGAAAUGUAUUGCUUUUCACAACCUGCCAAAUGCUUCCUUUUCAGAUGGAAUUAUAAUUACAGAUCCACCUAUAUUUAUUCAAGAUAAACAAGAAGUUAUCAGUCGAAAGAAAGAAAUCAUUGGACAUUUACCAAAUAUUCGGGGUAAAGGAGUUGUAAAAUUUGAACAUCAAAAGGUGUUAGAUGCAAAUGUUGGGAAACAUAUUUUUGUUUUUAUCACCGAUGCUCAUGCACGUAAUGAUGAAACUUAUUAUAAUAAUGAAGUUGUGAUAACUUCAGGAGAUAUUUUAGCAAAAAUGAAACUGUAUUCUAUUGGGCGAAGUUAA